CUUUGAAAACCCCUGUUCUAAAUGAUUAACUCAGUGUUACCUGUUUGCUGCUUUGUCAGGCCACUCAUAUGAUACUGCAGAAGAAAAGAAGCCUUCCUCAUGAACAGGAAACAGAGGAAAGCCUGGCCCCCCCAUCCAGAGCCCCCCCACAGGUGGGGGAUAGUGGGCUUCUGGUGGAGCUGCCUGAGGUGGAGCUGCCUGAGGUGGGCCGGCUGCUGAAGGAGAUGUCCCUGUGUCUGCUGGACCUGCAGGCCCUCUGCAGCAUCCUGGCCCAGAGAGCACAGGGGAAGGAGCCCAACCUGUCCCUGCUGCUGGGCAUGAAGUCACUGAGUGUGUCUGCGGAGGAGAGUGACAGCAGGGAGGAGGUGGAGGAGGAGCUGAGGGUGAAGCUGCUGGAGGUGGCUCGGCUGCGGGGGGACAUCGACGAACUGAGAAGGAGCAUCUCGGAGCGCUACGCCCAGGGUCAGGGGGACAGCUGCGUCUCCCAGUGACCCCCCCUGUGUCCCUUCUAUCUGUCAAAUUCACCUUUUUUUAUUGUGUCGUAUUUGCAAAUUUACGAAGGAGGAGUCUGUUACUAUUGCAUUACAAAAGCAUGUGGAAAGAAAGAAAGAAAUAAACAGAAACUAUACUAAAGGGAUACAUUAUUUUUUACAAUAUAUCAUUAUAUGUGUAGUAUUACCAUAUCAAUAUUACAUUUUUUAUAUUAAGUUUAUUGUUAAUACUGGUAUUAAUCAUAUCCACUCAGUAAGAGGAUAUGAGCAAAAUUAGGAAUGUUGCUAUGAUUAAGAAGUGAGAUCUAAAUGAGUGAAUAUCAGUAUUAAAGCUGCCGCUUGUUGCGCUGCCUUCUAGUGGCCCAAACUAUGUUAUUUAUCGAUUUAGAUCAGGGGUGUCCUAAAAUGUUUCACUGAGGGCCACAUACAGACAAAUAUAUGAAGGGCUGGACCCCUCACUAGAGGUGAGGUAUAUUGCCUCAUAAGGUCAGUUAUAAGUAAGCAAAAUCAAUCAAAUGUAGCGACAUUAUUCUUGAUAGAAAGCUUUAAGAAAAAAACAGUCUACAUCACAGCUCUCCAUAGGGUUUCAUUUACUUUGUUACAAAAAGUAUAUUUCAAGUGUGUUACGAGAAUAAGUUAUUGGGCUUUUUCUAUCAACUAAGAUUUGUUAGAAAAUGUUCUCUGCUUUAUUGACUGAAUUUAUUAGAAAAUUGGGCUCAUUAACACAUGAAUACUGUGUAUUUGAACAUAUAUAUUUAAGAAGUACAAUAUAGGACAAGCACAAGUUUCAUGUGCAUAUUGCAUUAUACUUUUAGGAUUUGCUGCAGGCCAAUUAAAAACCGACCACGGGCCACAGUUGGCCCCAGAGCCACGCCCCUGAUUUAGAUAAAUAGCCUCAAUAAGCAUAGAAGAGCACCUUCAGGCAGAGUUAUUGUGCCUGAUCAUUAAAUAUGAAAUUGUCUAUGCACAUGUUGAAAAUACAUAAUGACAUUUGUAUUGAACGCUCAGUGGAUCAAGCACCUCUCCUGCUGCUGGAUACUGAAAUGCAAUUCUAGUUAGAUCAAUCUCAUCCAUGUGAAUUUAAAGGUCUUAAUAAGCAAUAUAAAUAUAAAUGGUGCGUUCUCCCCAUGAUGUGGGUUUCUAUCUGUGGUGACUCAUCAGGUGAGAGUCAGUAGUCACAUUUAUUCGUCAUGUUAUAGAUAAUGUGUCAUUAAUUGUUUCCAAUUAGCCGUCAUGCUAAUCUUGCAGCCAAAGAAGCUGAAAGAGCGAAAGUGAAGCAGCACAUGCACUUUCUGGUACUUGUAGUCUCCUAGUGCUUCAGGCCAGUUGGAAAAUGAAAUAAUUUCUCUAUUAAGCUUUAUAUAUAUCGAACAAAUUAUGAUGUAUAGCUUUUAAAAUGUGUCAGUAAUAUAACUAACCGAGCCACUGGAUGGCCUGCUCCUCGACACAGGAAAUGAUUUCUGCUUGAUGUUAUUUUACUUUUACUGACAAAAUGUAUGAAUGCCAACAAUGUACGUGUAUAAGCAGUGUUGUUCCUAAAUCCUAUCUUGUUGUUUUGCUAGAUGGAGGUUUGAUCAUAUUUGUUAAUGGCAAAUAAAAGUAUUUUUCUAAAGAAUGUGUUUGAUCCACUGGAGUCAGA